AUGGCGCGCGAUAACAUACUCUUGACCUACGUGGUGGUGGAUGUCUUGUUCGUGGUUACUGGGGCUCUGUUGAUCAUCUUUUCAAUCAAUACCCAGAUCGAAAUCGCGAAGCCAUUUACCAAGGACAAUGUCGUGAAGGAUUUGCUAUUGGGGAUGUGCCCAUUAAAUGCUGCUGUAGGAAAUGCGGUUCUCGUCUUCGUAACCUUCCUUCUCUCCAUCCCAGCGAUAGUCAUGCCAACAACCCGAACAUGGCUUAAGAUUCAUGGAUACAUGACCGUAGUCUGCGCGAUAUUCACAUUGGUUCUCGGUUUGGAUAUAUGGUUCGAGACAUUGAAGACGAGAUCAAACCUUGCAGUCAUCUGGAGUGCGCAACCAGCAGACACCCAGAGUUUGAUCCAACAAGUUCUCGGCUGCUGCGGCUACAUGAACUCCACUUCUCCGCCAUUCGUCAAGGACGCAACCUGCCCCAAUGCCCUCGUCGCUGCCGCUCAGCUCGGUUGCGUAACCCCUUUCUCGGGAGAAGCCAAUAACUUUCUGGACCUCGUUUUCACCGGUGCUUUUGGUAUCGUGGGUAUCGACGCUGUACUUGUAAUUCUUACUGCAAUUGUGCUUAAGGACCGCAAGGAGAAGGAAAGAUAUAGGUUCAUUGAUGAGAAGAACGGAGCUGGAGCUUUUUAA